GCGGUCCGCUCCCAGUCCCAGAUCCAGCCAGAGUAGCGAGGACGGUCGCGGUGGAUGUUUCGUUUCUUCGGCGUCAACCAACAUGCUGGGAUACCGGCCACAGGCUGCACAAUGAGGCCGUUACUCCUCCUGCUGUGCUUCAGCUUCUCCCGGGUCGUGUCUGAGGUGCCGCUGCCGCCGCCGCACAACAUCCAGGUGGAGGAGGGUCAGCUGACAUGGCAUCCAGCCUCAGAGACAGUCACCUACACCGUGGAGUACCGCAGGUUUGAGUCCUCUAAAUGGGAAAUGCUUUCACACUGUGUCAACACGUCGGCGUCCGUCUGUGACGUGAGGGCUGUCACACAGACUCUGAGAGGAGAGCCUCCUGAGAGCAACUGUGUGAUGCUGCGUGUGCGCGCUGAGAGGAAGGCGCUGAAAUCUGAGCCUGUUGAAGCCUGCAGCAGAAAUGGUAGCCUCUGCACACCUGCCUUCAGCCUUUCGGCAGUGCCCGGAUUGCUCACCGUACACCUGAGUGACAAUCACGAGCUGGCUGAGGAGUAUGCUGACCACGCCAAGCACAGGGUUUACUUUGGCAAAGCGGGGGAGAAGCUGGAGGAGAGUAAAGAUGCCAUCGCCUCCACAACCUUCGAAGAUCUGGAGGAGGGGCAGCAGUACUGCGUUCAGGUGAAGUACAUCGUUUAUGGCAGACUUGUCGCGCCGCCCAGCUGCACCCAGUGUGCUGUCAUCCCUGCAUCCAAACACUGGAACCACACGUCGGUGAUCGCAGGGGUGGUCGCCGCCAUCGUCGCCCUCGCCAUCAUUAUUCCCACGGUCGGAUACCUGCUUCUGUUCCAGCGUCAGAGAAUCAAACGGUGGCUGCGCUUACCUUACCAUAUCCCACCGGAAUUUCUGGAUUUUCCGUCCCUAGAGACCCCCCAAAUCAGCGAGCCCCCUGAAGAGCCCUGCGACAUCAUCCACGUCUCUCCCUACGAGCCCAGAUGAGAAGAAUCGCCCUGACCUUCUGCUGCUGCUUCCCAUCCUCGUCAGAGACCGCCCACUCAAUGACUCCACCUGAUGACUGAGUCACUCACCUGCUCCAGGUGAUCCAAUCAUUAACCCCGCCUCAUUGGGAUUAUUUUAUUUUAUUUUUAAACUCUGAGCUCAAUGGCAGCAGAUUCAAAGUGAACACUGAGGGCACAGGAGGAAGGUGAGUGUGACAGAAGCAGCAGAACACCUGGAUGCACCUGAACACAGCAUCUCUGUAACAGACGAACAUGAGGACAGCUGGAGCCUCCAGUUUUAAUCACUGCUGUCCUCAGUCCGACUUCUCUGCACUUUAGCAUCGAUCCCAGCAUUAACCAAGUCUGAUUACUGAAUGAUUGGACCUCCAUGAAUGUUUCCACUGCAGAGACGUCUGAUGACAGGAAAUGGUAAAAACAGGGAACUGAGAGUGGCCCACAGCUUUCUGUGGCACAAACAGGAAUAAAGUUUUGUGCGGCCGUGGUGUGACUGAAUCCUGUUGGUAAUGAACACUUCUGCGCUGAGUUUUGGGCCCGCGGGCAGGUAACGAGCUGAGCGAGUGUUCAGCGGCUCAGACUGUACGAUGGCCGCGACGCCGCACUGCCAGCUCUUUUCACCUGUAGUCCCCGGACACGGCGCUGUGAUCCUGAGAUCAGCUGCUGAGCGUGCCAUUGUCUUAUGGCUGUUCUAAGUGCGGUCAUGGCCAGAACUUCCUGUUUCACUGUGAAACAGGAAGUGUUGCGUUACUGUGGCUGUGCUAAGCUGUAAGAUGUAAAGUUUGUGGGUAAAUGUUUGCUGGAAACUUCCAUCAUGUUUGUCAUUUGUAUUAUUGUAGGGACUUUAUAAUCUGAAGCACCUUGAGGCAACUGCUGUGAUUUAGCUCUGAAUAAAUCAAGUUGAAUGUU